UCGAGUGCGCGUCUCGGUUUAGCGUGGAGUCUUUUUCCCCUCCGGGUCUUUUCGGUCGUAUCGUUUUUCCACAAUCGCCAGCGAUUCGAGAGUGACUCUAAAGAAGAGUCUGAACGGAAGAGUCCUCCUCCUCCUUCUCCUUCUUCAUCUUCAUAUUCUCCAGAGACUGUCUUCUUCUGAGAUACUGCCUCUUGGUUUCUUCUUCUUCUUUUUUUUUUUAUUUCUCUUGGUUGAUUGGUACCGUUGACGACGGGCCAUAGUGUGUGAUACACAAACAGUGAUUGGACAGAGCACAGUGUAUUCUAGAAAAAUACUUGGUGGAUUACAGAGGAUUUUGUAAAUUCUCCUGCAACUUUUGGACCAAUACCGCGAAGUAGUAUUGGAAGGGUUGGAGAGUUUUGGAUAAAAUGCAUUUGCCGGAUGGACCGGGAAUGGACCAUUUGAAUGCGAUUCACGAGACGCUGCAGGCUUGCCACGGAGAUCUAGUGAGGACCGGAAGUCCCGCCAUCCUCUGUAGCGCGUUGCCAUCGCACUGGAGGUCGAACAAGUCGUUGCCGGUGGCUUUCAAGGUCGUGGCUCUCGACGAAGUUAGCGACGGCACUCUGGUCACGAUCAGAGCCGGCAACGACGAGAAUUGCUGCGGAGAACUAAGAAACUGCACCGCGGUCAUGAAGAACCAAGUUGCCAAGUUCAACGAUCUGAGAUUCGUCGGUCGCAGCGGGAGAGGAAAAUCCUUCUCGCUGACGAUACAAAUUAGCACGGUGCCCUUCCAAGUCGCCACCUACACGAAGGCGAUCAAAGUCACAGUAGAUGGACCAAGAGAACCUCGAUCCAAAUCGAAUUAUCAAUACGGACACGCAUUCCCUGGACUUGGACUGCUGAAUCCUUGGGUGGAUGUCGCUUGUUUAGGACACGCGUGGCACUUUCCUCAUCCAGCGUUCGUCAAAGGAACAAUUCCAAUACCAUCGCCAGAUUUAUUUCCACCAGCGUUCCCCCCGCCGGUUCUGCCGGCGUACCCGUUCGACCACGCGAAGUAUCCAACCGAGUACGCGACGUUGCCGCCAAAAACUAGCAGCAGCAGCACCACCACACCGGCCACCAACCCCAAUAGCCCGUCCAGAACGCCGCCGAAGAGCCCGAGCGAGUCCGGAAGCGAGUCAGCCCUUGAAGAGAUACGCAGCGCGUUCGUGCCAAUCAGAUUGAACACUUUGCCGCCAAUAUCGUCCGCCAUCACCGCCUCCUCCUCGUCCCCCGAACGAAUUCAGCCGAAGAAAACAAUCGACAACACGAGGAACGAACUGAAGGCGCCAACAGCACUCAUCUCGCGACCACUGACGCCAAAGAGGACAAGCCCCCCAUCCCCGGGCACGAAAAUCUCCUCAACGACCAAACCAGUUUGGAGGCCUUACUAGGACGAAAGGUGGACAAGAAUCCGAUGAAAACUGAAGAUGCACAGAUCUAAGUCCGGAACGGAAGGCUAGUGAUUAUAUAGACGUCGUCCGCGAGAUGUACAGUCUCUUUUGCAGAACGACAAGAAUGCGUGUGACCGACGUUAUUGAGCGUGGCUCCCGAUGGAGAGAGCUGAUACUUCUCCUCUUUUUCUUUCCUUUUUUCUUUUUCUUUCCUCUUGUUCAAAGGAGCGGGAUAUGUUGAAAAAUAGGUACAGUACGCGAAACGUUCUUUGUUCCACUAGCAAUUAGUAAAAUACCAAUGAAGAAACAUUUGCAAAGCUUUGCCUAUUUUUUGAUCAACCACCCUAAAUCUUCGUUCUUUUGGUUGUCCACUUGAACUUCGUUUCCCGAUUUUGGAUAAUCGGAGAACAAAGUUGUCGGUGUAAUCUAUGGCGUCUUCGGUUUUACGAAGACGGCAAGGAACGCGACUUGAUAAUUGACACGUCUUCGCGAGAUACAGUUACGUUGUUUCAUUACAGUUAUGUGUCAAUUAUCAAAAUGUACAUAACAAUUUUUGUAUAUACGUGUAGAUAGUUCGUGGACAAUAAUUGUAGAGAGUUUAAUUUUCAAAUGUAAUUGAAAUAUAUUCGAUAUAUUCGGUAAUAUUAUAAAUAAAGAGAUAAUAUUA